AUGGGUCUCUUCAAACGCAAGGACUCGAGGAAUUCGGUCCAGAGUGAGCGAGAUGAACAGGAAUCCUUCGUGUCCGUUAACAGUGCUCGCACUUCCAAUGUAUCGCUCAAAUCCCCCGGCUACAAAGGCAGUGGCCUUCCGGCCUCCAUCCCCGAGAUGCCCAUCGCGAGCCCGCCAGACCCGGCAUUGGACCCCGCCGCCUAUCUCCGAAGCAUCCACGCGGUUCGCGAACGCGCCAACAUCGUCCUCGCCCGAGCCAAGCGCAACCAACUCAACCAUUUCGAUGUCGAUUUGUCCAAACUCAAGGCCACCGCUUCCUAUGUCGUAUCCAUAAUAAAGGUAUUCAAAUUUCAGAAACAUAAAUCCGAACUGAUGAAGACUAAUACAUACAAGAGAGAUUAUGAGCGAAACUAUGAGAAUAUCCCGCCACAUGGACGCUGGCAACAUUUUGAUGUGGGCGGCCGUCCCCGAAUCAAUCAGCUUCUGCAGUCAUGGCCUAGCAGCAUUGAUGCCCAAGAACGGACCCGUCGCUUGAUCGAUUUAUUCGUCGUUUCGGUUCUGCUUGACGCUGGCGCCGGUACUAAAUGGUCCUAUCGCUCUAAGGAGUCUGGAAAGGUUUACUCGCGCAGCGAGGGUCUCGCCGUUGCAAGUCUGGAGAUGUUCAAGUCCGGGUUAUUCAGCAGCGACCCGACAGAACCGUGCCAGGUGGAUGGAGCCGCGUUGAAGAAUAUCACAGUCGACAAGUUGGCCAAGGGGAUGCAGCACACGGAUCAGAACUCGCUCGCCGGUAUUGAAGGUCGCGCGGGCUUGUUGGUGCGACUUUCUGAAGCUUUGAAUAAUCAGGAUUUCUUUGGUGUAGAUGCCCGUCCGGGCAAUAUGUUAGACUUCCUUCUGGGACAUCCUUCUACUCUCGCUUCUUCCGUACCCAUAGUCCCUAUCACCACCUUGUGGACCGUUCUCAUGGAUGGCUUCUCUUCCAUCUGGCCCCCUUCUCGAACUCAGAUCGACGGUGUCUCCAUUGGAGAUGCAUGGGAUUGUUCGGAUCUCCCCGAUUCUCCGCCCGCACAGCCGUGGGAACGCAUUAUUCCCUUCCACAAGCUGACCCAGUGGCUCUGCUACUCCAUCAUGGUCCCCAUGUCGAAGUUGAUGCAUAUUCACUUCGCCGGUAGUGAUCUAUUGACAGGCCUACCGGAGUACCGAAAUGGUGGUCUGUUGAUCGACAUGGGACUUUUGAGCCUCAAGGCCGAUGACAUGGAGCGUGGAGUCCAGGCUUUCAAAGAGAAUGCCCAAAUCAAGGGACAACCUAAUAUGGAGGUGGUGCCACUCUUCUCUACAGACGACGAUGUGAUCGUGGAGUGGCGGGCAGUGACAGUUGGCUUUUUGGAUGAGCUGCUCGAUGAGGUGAAUAUACAACUGGGAUUAGCUGGUUCGGAAGACCAAUUAUCGCUAGCCCAGAUGCUAGAGGCUGGUUCUUGGAAGGGUGGUCGUGAAAUCGCCGAAGUCUCCAGACCAAACACCAAGGAACCUCCGAUUAUGAUCCGUUCCGAUGGCACGGUCUUCUAA